AUGAGCCGUGACUCAGCGGGUAUUGCGCCGCUGAGCGCGGCGGAAGAGGCGGCGCGGAUCGAGGAGAUGGGCGGUAUGGCGGUGAUGCAACGACCUUCAGUGACGGAGCCAAGCGGUACGCAUCGCAGCAGCAUCGAGCAGAGCAGCAGCACCAGCAGCGCACAUACCAGCAGUGCGGAAACAGGGUCCGCGGAAGGGUCUGCGGCGGAGGGGGGAUUUGGCGCGCCGCUGUGGGCGGACAUUCGGCGCAAGGUUCCGCACGUGGGAAGCGAUGUGCGCGAUGGGCUGCAUCCCGCCGCGGCGGCGAGCACGAUGUUCCUCUUCUUCGCGUGCCUCACGCCGUGCAUUGCAUUCGGCGGGCUGACGGCCGCGCAGACAGGUGGCGCCAUCGGAGUGGUUGAGACUAUUCUCGGGACCGCGAUAUCCGGCGUGGUUUACGCCAUGUUUUCCGGCCAGCCGCUCACCCUGCUCGGCCCCACAGGCCUCGUCGUCGUCUUCACGGGGCUGCUCUAUAAGUCCGCAGCAGCGUUGGCGCUGCCCUUUCUGCCCGUGUACGCGUGUGUGAGCGUGUGGUCUGCCGCCUUCCUGCUCGUUCUCUCGCUCACUGGCGCUAGCGACCUGAUCCGUCUCUUCACGCGCUUUACGGACGAGACCUUCUCGCUGCUCAUCUCCCUCGGCUUCAUUGCCGAGCCCUGCAAGAAACUCGCAGCGAAUUUCGCAGCCGCUGCAGCAGCAGCUACGGCUGCAGGCGCAGCAACAGCGAUGACAGCUAGCAGCAGCAUGGUGGGAGGGGGGAUGAUGAUGUCUAGUGUGGCUCUGCUCUCCAUGCUCGUGGCUGUGGCCACCUGGCGACUCACCUCCUUCCUCUCGUUCCGCGACUCCUCAUACCUCACCCAACCCAUCCGCACCGCCCUUUCAGACUUCGCCGCCCCGCUCUCCAUCCUCCUCAUGUCCACCCUCCCCACGCUCCUCCUCCCCUCCAUCACCCUCCCAACACUCUCCGCACCCGCGCACAUCGUCACAACCAGCGGCCGCCCAUGGCUUGUGCCGAUCCUAGGCUCCCUCCCCCCAUGGGCCAUGCUUCUGUGUGCGGUGCCUGCGGCGCUGCUCACGCUGCUGGUAUUUCUGGAUCAGAAUAUCACCACGAGGCUUGUGGAUGCGCCGGCGAAUGGGCUGGUCAAGGGCAGUGGGUACCACCUCGACCUGGCUGUGCUGGCAGUCAUCAUGCUGCUGAGUGCAGCAGCAGGCCUGCCAUGGAUGGUGGCCUCCACCGUGCCCUCUCUCUCCCACGUCCGCUCCCUCUCCUUCACCCAACCUGCGGCUGCCGCUGCUGCUUCAUCUCCUUCUUCUCCUGCCGCUGCUUCUGCUGUUCCGCAGCAGAGGGUUCGUGAGAAUCGGGUCACAGGAGUGGCGAUUCAUGUGUGCAUUGGAGCGUCGCUCCUCCUGCUUCCUCUUCUCUCACGGAUCCCAGUUUCCGUGACAGAGGGUCUUUUCCUUUACAUGGGAGUUUCAAGCCUUGCUGGCAACCAACUCGUUGACAGGCUGAAGCUGCUCCUCACAGACCCGUCGCGCUUCCCCGACUACCCGUACAUCCGAGGAGUGGCCAGGUCCUCCGUAUAUGGGUUCACGGCCCUUCAGGGCGCGUGCCUCGUGGCGCUCUGGCAGCUGAAGCACAGCAAACUGGGUGAGGAGAUCUGUAGUGAAUUUUCUUUCCUCUACUCAUUCUCGCACUAA